AUGUCUGAUAAUAUCAAAAUGCAAGAUAUCGAGAAUAAAAAUGAAUGGAAUAAUUGGAUUGAAGAAGUUAUUGAUAAAGAACAUAUAAAAUAUUAUGAAUAUAAAGAAUUUAAUAAUUUUGGUACCGGAAAUUUCGGAAAAGUAUACCGCACAAAUUGGAAAAAUUUAGAGAAAUGCUUUGCGGUAAAAUCUUUUUUUAAUCUUGAUAAUAUCACCAUUAAGGAAAUUAUUCGUGAGUUAAAAAACCAACGUGAAGUUGAUUAUCAUGAUAAUAUUAUUCAUUGCUAUGGAAUAACAAAAUUUGAAUCAACAGAAUAUCAUGAUAAUAAUAAUUAUAAGUUGGUAAUGGAAUAUGCUAAUAAUGGUAAUCUUCGAAGCUAUCUGGAUAAACUUACAUGGAAUGAUAAAUAUAUUAUGGCAUACCAGUUAGCUUGCGCUGUGUCAUGCUUACAUAACGAAAGAAUUGUCCAUCGUGACUUGCAUUCUGGUAAUAUAUUAGUUCAUCAAAACAAGGUCAAAUUGGCGGAUAUUGGAUUAUCAAAAAGAAUCGGAGCGUCAUCAAAUGUUCAAUCCAACUUAUUUGGGAUGGUUCCUUAUGUUGAUCCAAAAAUUUUUAAUUGGAAAAGAAAUAAUAAUAACCAAGAAACACAAAUUUACUUAUUAAAUGAAAAAAGCGAUGUUUGCAGUGUUGGAGUAUUAUUAUGGAAACUAUCCAGUGGACAACCUCCAUUUUAUGUUGAAGGUAAACAAUAUGAUGUUGAUUUAGCUUUAAAAAUUUUACAAGGUUUAAGAGAAACAGUUGUUCCUGAUACACCUGAAAAUUAUGUAAAAAUCUAUACCGGGUGUUGGGAUGGUGAACCAGAUAAUCGGCCAAAUAUACAUCAAGUAGUUGACUGGUUAAAAGAGAUGAUUACAAAAACAGAUGCUAUAGCAAAUAAUCUUCAAUCACUAGAUAAACAAGAAUUUAAUAAGGCUUCUUUAAGUAUUAAUGGUUUAGAAUCUCAAGAAGAAUUAUCUCAACUUAUUCAAAAUUUUAAUAAAAUGAUUACAAAAGAAAUUGAUCCUAUGAUAGUUUUAAGUAAACAAGAAAAUAUUUCAGCUGAAGAAGGUUUUAAUAGAAUAAUUGAUGAAAUAAAUGAUUUUAUUUAUAAAUUAUCAAAUAAAGGAAUUGAAUGGAAAUUAAUAAAAGGAAAAGUUAUUGAAUAUUUUAAUAAUUAUAACACUUAUUCAGAAGAAAUAUAUAAUUGGUUAUCAAAUAAUCAAAAUAGUUCAAAUUCAGUUUUUUUAUUUGGAUAUUUUAAUCGCUUUGGAAUUGCAACAAAUAAAGAUCAUGAAAAAUCUUUCAAUUUAUUUAUUAAUGCAUCAAAUCAAGAUCAUAUAUUAGCACAUUAUUUUGUUGGUGAUUGUUAUCUACAUGGAACUGGAACUACAAAAGAUGAAAAAUUAGUUUUUGAAUACUUUGAAAAAGUAGCUAAUAAAAAUUUUGCACGCGGACAAUUAGGUAUUGGUUAUUACUGUUAUGAAAACGGAAUAGGUAUUAAUAAAGAUAUAAAAAAGGCUAUUUAUUGGUAUGAAAGAGCUGCAAAUAAUGGAAAUAUAAUGGCUAUGUGUAAUCUUAGUCUUUGUUAUUUAAAUGGAAAUGGGGUUGAUAAAGAUGAUAAUAAAACCUUCGAAUUGUCUAAGCAAUCAGCUGAAGGGGGUUAUUCAAGCGGAAUGACCAUGUUAGGAUAUUGUUAUGAAAAAGGUAUUGGAACUAAAAUUGACGAGCUAAAAGCAUUUGAAUUAUAUCAAAAUGCUGCAAAUUUAGGAGAAAUGAUAGCACAAUAUAAUCUUGGUCUUAUGUAUGAAUUUGGAAAAGGAAUUACAAUAGAUAUAGACAAAGCAAUACAUUGGUAUAGGAAAGCUGCUAAACAAGGACAUAAAACUGCACAAAAUAGAUUAGAAAUACUUCAAAAAUUAUAAAAAUUCAUUAAAAUUAUGAGAUUGUUAAACGUGAAAACUGAAGUUUAUUAAAAAUUAGUACUUAAUUUAUAUAAUCAUUCUUAUACAUGGUAGUUAGUGGGAUCAUUUUUCAUUUAUUCAUUUUAUAAAGAAAUUUAUAUUUUUGUAUUU